UCUAUAUAUUUUACAUGAUUUAAGAUAUUGUUAUAAAGAUUUACAUAAUGGAAAUAUCUUGCAAGAUGAAUUUACAUAUAUUUCGGACUUUGGAUUAUCGGGACCAGCAGAUCGGCAAAAAUCGGAUGACCGAAUAUAUGGAGUUUUACCUUAUAUCGCUCCAGAAGUCUUAUUAUAUACUUUAGCUUCGGAUAUCUACAGUUUUGGUAUAAUUAUGGUUGAAUUGUCAUCUGGAAAACCUCCAUUUUGUGAUAUGAACCAUGAUUUACAUUUAUACUUAGAUGUUUGUAAAGGACUUUGUCCAGAUUUUGGCAAAGGAACUCCUGAAUUUUAUAAGAAAUUAGCUUAUAAAUGUAUGAAUGCAAAUUCAAAUCAAAGACCAACUGCCAAAGAAUU